ACGACAAGGAGGGAGCAGAGGGAGUCGGGUGGCUGAGGAGGGAGGGAGUUGGAGAGGAGGGGAGAGGAAGCAAGGAAAUAAAUAAACGAACUACGAAAAAACGGGAGAACGCACGCGCUAACGACUCUGUUGAUUGCAUUCUGACGGCCCGUGAAGAUCGUGCACGCGCACGUCAGCAUGCGUACGUUCACGUGUCUCGUCGCCGCCGCCGAGGAGAGCGGAAUAUUCACACAGGAAGGCAAGUUUAGCAUUCAACACGUGUCGCAGGAGUGAUGAAGAGAGCGAGAGGGAGCGAACGAGGAGGAGAGAGACACGUUGCUAGGUGACGGAGCAUACAUACGGAAUCUUAACAAAAUAACCGGUGAUAGAGAGAGGGAGGGAGAGAGAGCGAGCGAGAGAGAAGAGAGAGGAUAGAUAGAUAGAGAGAGUGAGGGAGAGAGAGAAAGCGCGAGCGAGAGGAGGUCUCCACAGCAACAUGUAGCAGAGCCGCGCAGAGAAGGUCGAGGUGUUCCGGGAUGAGUCCAGGGCCGGGACGAUGCUCUGCUGAACGGCGCGACACGGAGACGACGCGGCAGACGACGCGGCAGACGCGCGGUUCUUGAGACGGGCCUCCUCUCCUGGUGAAGGACGGCGUUCCGAGCUGCUCCCCCCCCCCUCAGAGACCCACCCAGCUCCGCCCCCCAGCCCUCAUCUGACAGCUGCCAUUGGCCCUCCUUUUGUCCCAUGGUGGCCCCAAGGCCCGCCCUCUCGCUGCUAUUGGCUAUCCUGGCCUGCACCGGGCCGGCCCGGCCCUCCCCCCCCCUGCUACUCCGCCCUCGGGACCGCGAGAGGGAUUCGGGCGGAGUCAACAUCGCCGUGGUCCACUCCGGCUCCUCCAUCCUCCCGGACACGGCGGUCCCGGGCGGGGCCGGCUCAGGGGAGCUGGGCCCCGGGCUGGGUAACGGGCCCGGGGGGGGGGGGGCGGGGCGGGGGGUCACGGGGGCGCUGACUGGAGGGGGCGUCGGCGGCGUGGCGGGCGUGGCCUCGGCCAGCGUGGCACUGGCGGCCCUGGUGGGGGAGACGGUGAUGACACCGUCGGGCCAGGCCAACGUCAUCUACCUGGCGGUCAAUGAGAGCAGCCCGGGGAGCCUGCUGCUGCAGCUGUGUGAGCUGCUGGCCACCACGCCCCUACAGGGAUUGGUGUUCGAGGAGGAGAGGCCGCCGCCCCCAAACCGCGCCCCCCUGGCCCCCCUGCUGGAGUUUGUCUCCGCCCAGACGGGUGUUCCCGUGGUAGCGGUGGGGGGCGGGGCCAGCCUGGGGAGGGAGUCCCAGGAGAGCGGUUCCAUAUAUCUGCAGUUCACCUGCUCCACCUCCAUGCAGCUGGAUGUGAUCUUCGAGGUGCUGGAGGAGUACGACUGGACCUCCUUCUCGGUGGUCACCACGCGUCACCACGGUUACGAGGACUUCCUGGCCAUGGUGGAGGGGCUGACGGACGGCUCCUUCAUCGGCUGGGAGAAGAAGAGCGUGGUCAUCCUCAACGUGACGGACGACCCGGGCGGGGCGCGCACCAAGAGGCUGCUGAAGGACAACGAGGCCCAGGUGCGUCUCCUGUACUGUUCCCAGGAGGAGGCCGAGCAGGUGUUCCGUGCAGCCUGGGCAGCGGGUCAGGCGGGGCCCAGCCACAUGUGGUUCGCGGUGGGCCCAGCCCUGUCCGGCCUGGGCCUGGAGGGCCUGCCCAAGGCCCUGUUCGCCAUCCGGCCGCAGGGUUGGAGGGACGAGCCCCGCAGGAGGAUCGCUAAGGGCGUGUCGGUGCUGGCCCACGGUGCCAUGGCGCUCCGUAGGGACCAAGGCGCCGGCAGCCGGAUGCACGCCGGCAACUGCCAGACGGACGGCAACCAGACGCACAGGGUCCCCGACCGCAUCAGCUGCCCCUUCCUCAUCUUCCUCAUCCUUCUCAUCUCACUCGCAGUCUUCAUCACCCAAGAGCAUGAUGACCUGUUUGAGACCUCUCUCUCUCUCUCUCUCUCUCUCUCUCCUGUAGGGUCUGGGGGGUCAAAGUUCACCAUCGGUAAGUCCAUCUGGCUGCUCUGGGCGCUGGUGUUCAACAACUCGGUUCCUGUGGAGAACCCGCGAGGAACCACCAGCAAGAUCAUGGUGCUGGUUUGGGCGUUCUUCGCUGUCAUCUUCCUGGCCUCCUACACGGCCAACCUGGCAGCCUUCAUGAUCCAGGAGGAGUACAUCGACACCGUGUCCGGACUCAGCGACAAGAAGUUCCAGCAGCCCACUGAGCAGUACCCCCCCCUGAGGUUCGGCACGGUGCCCAAUGGCAGCACAGAGGAGAACAUCCGGUCCAACUACCCCAACAUGCACCAGUUCAUGACCCGCAACAACCAGAAGGGGGUGGAGGAGGCCAUCGAGAACCUCAAGACCGGGAAGCUGGAUGCCUUCAUCUACGAUGCGGCCGUGCUCAACUACAUGGCCCGCAAGGACGAGGGCUGCAAGGUGAUGACCAUCGGCUCAGGGAAGGUGUUCGCCACGACGGGCUACGGCAUCGCGCUGCACAAGACGUCCCGCUGGAAGAGACCCCUAGACCUGGCCCUGCUGCAGCUAGUGGGGGACGAUGAGAUCGACAUGUUGGAGCGACUCUGGCUGUCGGGGAUCUGCCACAAUGACAAGAUCGAGGUGAUGAGCAGUAAGCUGGACAUCGACAACAUGGCGGGGGUCUUCUACAUGCUGCUGGUGGCCAUGGGCCUCAGCAUGCUGGUGUUCGCCUGGGAGCACCUGGUCUACUGGAAGCUACGGCACUGCAUGACCCGCUCCGGCGGAAUGGACUUCCUCCUGGCGCUGAGCCGGGGGAUGUACAGCUGCUGCCGCUUCGAGGACGAGACGUCCCCGCCCGGGCUCCAGGGCUCGCUGCCACUGUACCACACCGUGGCCCCCGCUGGCCCCCAGCAGCACCUCGUCACCGCCACCGUCACCAACACCACCGCCAUCGCCAUGGUGACGCAGCAGCAGCAGCCGGCGCAGGGCCAGGCCUAUACCCUGCUGCCGGGCUCCCCGCCCCCCCCCCACUCGGCCGUGGCCCUGGGGCCCUCCACCAGCCCCCUGCUGGAGGGCCCCAUGCCCUGCUCCUCCUUCCUGCCCCGCCACGACCGGCGCCUGGCCGUGGUGGACCGCUGGAACCGGCCCAAGGAGAAGAGCGGGGGGGGCCCCGGGGCCCCCGGGGGGGGCGUCGGGAUCGGGGGCCUCGCCGGGGGCAUCACAGAGCUUCAGGCUCCGCCCCCGCCGCUCCAACACAGCCUGGGCCCGCCCUGGACCCUGCCUGGAGGGGGAGGGGGGGGGCCCGGGGUCCGGGCUGCAGCGGGGGACCCCGGGCUGGACGAGUACAAGCGGUACUACGGGCCAAUCGACCCCGAGGGCCUGGGGCCCGCUGCGGAGCCCCCGCCGGGGCCCGGCCAGCAGACCCCCCAGGCCAACCCGCGGGGGGGCCCCAAGGGCCUGCCCCGACCGCCCCCUCCCAAGGCCCCCCCGCAACCCGCGCCGGGACAUGUGAUCUCCAAGCCCCCCCCCCUGCUGGCGGCCUCCCCCCAGCGCAGGGCCUCCUCCUCCUCCUCCUUCUGGAGGAGGGGCAGCCUGGGGCCCCCCCGCAGGGAGAGCUCCACGGGGCCGCUGUACGAGAACAUCCUGCCCCUGGGGAGGCGCGGGGGGGGGCGCUACCCCGCCAGGGAGGCCCUGGGGAGACGGGGCCAGAGACCCCCGCCUCCUCUCCCGCUGCCCGUCUCCCUCUCCUCCCCCACGCACACCCCCACCACGCCCUCCUCCCCGCGCCGCUUCUCCUCCUCCGGCUCCAGCGCCUCCUCCUCCUCUUCGUCCUCCUCUUCGUCCUCCUCCUCGUCCUCGUCCCGCUCCCGCUCCCGCUCCUCCCCGUCCUCCUGCUCCUCCUCCUACGACUCCUCCCUGAGCUUCCGGUACCGCGCCGGGGACCGCCAGGCCGACCCGGCCGAGGACUCGGACCUCCUCACGGAGGAGUCCGGCCUGCUGGCCGCCGCCGCCGCCGCCGCGCGCAGGAAGGCGCGCUCCCGCCGCACCUCGUCACGCUCGCUGCCCUGCAGCCCGCCGCCGCCGCCGCCGCUGCCGCCGCGCAAGCCCCGCCCCCCGAGGGAGGAGCUGAGGGGGCGGGCCGACGGCCAGCUGGCCCAGCUGCAGGAGUGGUGGGCCAGCUGGGGGGAGCGGGGGCGGGACAGGGGCCCGCCGCCGCCGCCGGCCCGCCAGGAGAAGGGCCGGCAGAAGGAGCGCGAGCAGGAGCGCCGGAGGAGGAGGAAGGGGAGGAAGAGCAAGAAGAGGGAGGAGCGGGAGCGGGAGAGGGAGAGGGAGCGCAAGCACCGCAAGGCCAAGAGGAGGAAGAAGAAGGAGGCCAGGAAGAGGGAGAGGAAGAGGGCGGAGCAGGAGGCGGGCCAGCCGGAGAAGAGGGAGGAGUCCUACCGCAAGAAGAGCGAGAGCUCGGUCCGGAGCUACGGCUGGGACCUCCCGGGGGAGGAGCCCAGGGGGGAGGAGCCCAGGGGGGAGGAGGGGGGAGACCAGGGGGACGGGAGGAGCAGGGAGCGGCCGUACCGCCGGAGGGACAGCAAGGCCCUCCCCGACGCCAGCGGCAAACCCACCUCCUCCGUCAAGUUCUGGGGCGCCGGGACCCCCGCGCUGGGGGCCCCCGCGCUGGGGGCCCCCACGCUGGGGGCCGGCCCGGCGGCCUUCCUCCCCCCGCUGCCUCCCCUUUCCAAGCCCCGCAGGAGUAGAGGCUCGGACAGGGAGGGGGAGGAGAGGGAGGGGGAGAAGAGGGAGGGGGAGAAGAGGGCUCUGCUCGGGAGGGGCGGGAGAGCAGGAGGGGGGGAGGGGGGAGGGGGGCUCCAUCCCAAGGAGGGGCGGUCCUUCCAGGAGUGGGCGUCGGAGGCGGAGGACGACGACUCUGAGGACGAGGGGAGGAGGAGGGAGGAGAGGGAGCGCGACGAGGUGAUCGGGAUCUACUCGGACAACGAGGGCUCCUCGGGGGAGUUCGGGAAGUUCGAGAGGUACUGGGAGGGCCACGAGAGCCGGGCGGUGGGCGGCAUCGGGGGCGGGGGCUGGUUCUUCGGCACGUACCCCUCCAGGGACAAGUCCGGGAGCGUCACCUCCAGGGAGGACCCCUCCCCGCGCUGGGGGGGCGGGGAGAGCGGCUGGGUGUCAGGGGGAGGAGGGGGAGGAGGGGGAGACGGCCAGGGGGGAGGCCGGCCCGGAGAAAGAGAAGAUAGAAGUCGGGGUCCAGGAUCGCACUGGCCCCCGCCCCCCCUCACGCCGCCGCCCCCCCGCCGCUACUGGUCCGUGGACAAGCUCCACCCCCCGGCGGCGCCCUGGGUCUCCUCCCGGAGCCAGGAGGAGCUGUUCCAGCACUGCCAGAGCUUCGGCGGCGCCCCCAGGGCCCAGCGCCUCUCCUCCUCUUCCUCCCGGCCCGAGCGCCCGCAGAACCCGUCCCGGUCCGGCAGCCGGUCCGACCUGGCGCCCCGCCGGGUGUCCCGGUCGGGGCGCGGCCGGCGGACCUCCUCCCCGCCGCCGCUGCUCCCCGACCCGCCGGCCCCUCUCCCCGCGCUGCCGGCGCCCCCUCCCUCCGCCGCCCACGCCCCCCCGCCGUCGUCCUCCUCGGUGUCCUCCCCCUCGGGGGUCUCCUUCACCCCCGGGGCCCCCCAGCCCGCCUCCGUGGCCUCAGCGAGUGCCAAGCUGCAGUACCAGAGGCUGCGCGGCGGGCCCCCCCGGCGCCCCCCGUCGCCCCGCCUUCCGCUGGAGGCCCGCAGCCUGUGCUCCCGGAGGGGCUCGGCCCAGUUCUCCAGCGUGGAGAGCGAGGUGUGA